AUGGUCAAGUGUGGUGCAUCAACGACACGACGAGGUCGAGAGCUCCCACUAUACUUUGUGUCGCUAAAUAUGUGCAGUGCUGUGAAGGCUGUGGCUCAUGUCAGCCAAUCAGGACCGAGAAACAGCUGCAUGCCUGAGCGAGAGGAGGCGGCCAAAGCGGUCUGUAACCACUGCAAGAAGCGAGGCCACUUCGCGGCGGUAUGUCGCUCAGGGAAGCGCCUCGGAUCCGUCGAGCUCCACUCUGUCGCGGCGGUGGCCCGCAACGGGCGGUACGUUGAGGUGCGUGUCAACGGGAACCCUCUCGUCUUCAAAGUGGACUCUGGAGCCGACGUCUCGGUGGUUCCGCGCACGUUUCCCGGCUGCCCAGCCGUCCUCGAUAAGCCGCGAGGCGAAGAACUUUUCGGACCCGGGAAACAAGCCCUGAAGCUUCUCGGCACCUUCGACGCGGCGCUGUCUUGGAGAGGCAGGCAAGUCAACGAGCGCCUCUACGUCGUUGCGGGACAAGAGCAGCCACUUCUCGGCUAUCCCGCUAUCGUUGCCCUUGGGGUCGUCAAGUUUGUCGGCGCCGUCGCACCAGCUCUGCCGGACGCACCACCUCGUGAAGUCCCUCCAGCCCUUUUCACCGGCCUGGGCACGUUUCCGGAAGAGUACACGAUACGUAUCAAGCCUGACGCGGUACCGUAUGCCCUCAGCACAGCCCGGCGUAUCCCGAUACCGCUACGAGACGUAGUCAAAAAGGAGCUCGACAAGAUGGAGCAGGAGGGCGUGAUCCGGUGCGUCGACGAACCGACGGACUGGUGCGCGGGACUUGUCGUCGUCCCGAAGCCAGCGGGGGGUUACCGCCUGUGCGUUGAUUUGACCAAACUCAACCAAGUCGUUCUGCGUGAACGCCACGUACUCCCGACCGUCGACCAAACCCUCGGACUUCUCGGUGACGCACGCGUUUUCUCGAAGUUGGACGCAACUUCAGGCUUCCACCAAGUACGCCUGGCGCGCGACUCCCAGAAGUACACGACUUUCAUCACUCCGUUUGGCAGGUAUUGCUACUGCCGCCUCCCAUUCGGCAUAACAUCGGCCCCGGAAUACUUCCAGCGUCAGAUGUCUCGCCUGCUGGAAGGGUUGGCUGGUGUUGUUAACCUUAUGGACGACAUCCUUGUGUUUGGCCGCACCACAGAAGAACACGACCAACGCCUCCAGGCAGUGCUUGGUCGCCUCCAACAAGCGGGGGUCACCCUCAACGCUGCCAAGUGCACUUUCGGCGUGUCCAGCGUGCGGUUCCUUGGCGUUGUCGUCGGUGCCAAUGGCAUCACUCCGGAUCCAGAGAAAGUGGCCGCCAUUCAGCGCAUGCCAGCUCCUCAGGACGUUCAUGGUGUCCAACGUUUUCUCGGUAUGCUCAACCAUGUCGGUCGCUUCCUCCCGGGCCUCUCUCAAACGACUGCGCCAAUCAGAAGUCUCCUGAACAAGCUUGCAGCCUGGACAUGGGGACCAGCGCAGGCUUCAGCAUUUGAAAAGCUCAAGAGCAUGCUGUCGUCGGACAUCUGCCUCGCAAGGUACAACCCUGCACUGUUGACGACAGUCUCCGCAGAUGCCAGUUCCUUCGGGUUGGGUGCUGUCCUCCUUCAAGACCAGCCAUCAGGGGAGCGCCGACCAGUUGCAUACGCCUCUCGAGCGCUGACUGAAACGGAACGGAGGUACAGCCAGAUCGAAAAGGAGGCACUGGCUGCCACCUGGGCCAUCAACCGAUUCGACGAGUUUCUUCGGGGUCUUCGUUUCACCCUCGAGACCGACCAUAAGCCGUUAGUACAGCUCCUAGGAACCGCGGAUCUCGAUCUCAUGCCACCACGAAUCCAGCGCUUCCGCAUCCGCCUUCUCCAGUACCAGUUUGAUGUCAAGUACGUUCCUGGGAAACAGCUGGCCACCGCAGAUGCACUCUCAAGGGACCCAGUCGUCCAGCUGCCAGCGACUCCAGCUGUUGACAAGGUGGAGCUGUACGUUCAAGAAGCACUCCGUGCUAUCCCUCCUACAUUUGCAGUCCUCCUCGACGACUUCCGAGCUCACCAGGCUGCAGAUGGGGAGUGCGCGCAGCUCAAGUUGUACUGUGAGCAAGGGUGGCCUAGGAAAGAGAAUCUGCCUCUCAGCAUGGCUCAGUUCUGGGCUCAUCGGGCCGAGUUCAGUAUUGGUGACGGCCUUCUCCUCUGCGGUGGACGCCUGCUGGUGCCCGCUUCUCUGCGGAAGCACGUCCUCUCCCUCAUCCAUGACGGACACCUCGGAGUGAACCGUUGCCGCGCCAUCGCCAGGGGAGCUGUCUGGUGGCCGACCAUGGGGAGUCAGAUCAAGACAAUGGUGGAGAACUGUCCCAACUGUGCUACCACGCGGGUCCAGCGAGCAGAGCCACUGCUGCCUACCGUGACGCCUAGCCGUCCCUGGGAGCGAGUCGGGGUGGACAUAUUUCAUCACGAAGAAGCCGACUACCUUCUCCUCGUAGAUUACUACUCGAGGUACCCUGAAGUGCUGUCCCUUCGCUCGACGACGUCUACAGCGGUGAUCUCCAUCAUCAAAAGUGUCUUCGCAAGAAUUCCGCGUCUUCGCCCAGAGCUACGGAUUCUCCCACGUCACCAGCAGUCCCAGGUACCCGCAAUCUAA